CCAAAUAUCUGUUGCCAAACGAACCCCAAAGACAAGCAAACGCUUCAAUCAUCCGCGGAAACUUUACCCACCGCGUCUUCCUCAUUUUCAGAACCCCAAACGCUUCGAAACCUACUCUCUCUCUCUCUCUCUACCCCCAAGUGCUAGAAACCUUCACUCUCCGUUAAAGAGCAACUUCAAAGGCUGAUCAAAUCGGAGAAAAGACGAAACCCACCCACUAAAAACAAAGCGCGAAUGUCAAAAACAGGCGACCAUGGCGAAGAUCGAGGGCGCCUCUACAACCCCUAUCAAGAUUUACAGGUACCCAUCAAAAAGAUUUAUGAAUUGCCAACCGCACCAGAGUUCCUCUUUCAAGAAGAAGCAGCAGUUCAGAGGAGAUCAUGGGGUGAAAACCUCACUUAUUACACGGGUCUUGGCUACGCAACUGGAGCCAUAGCAGGUGGAUCCAAAGGCGUCAUAGAUGGCUUAAGGGCCAGAGAAGAAGGGGACACAAUUAAGCUCAGAAUCAACAGAAUCUUGAAUUCUUCAGGCCAUUCAGGGAGGAGAUUAAGCAAUAAACUUGGGUCAAUUGGGUUGAUUUAUGCUGGAUUGGAGAGUGGGAUUGUGGCAUAUAGAGAUACAGAUGAUAUUAUUAAUAGUGUAUUAGCAGGGCUUGGUACUGGUGCUCUUUUUAAGUCAGCUUCGGGGCCUAGAUCAGCUGCCGUUGCAGGGGCAAUUGGUGGUUUAAUGGCUGGAGCUGCAGUUUUUGGUUUUGUGAGAAAUCUGUGCCUCAUGAGAAUUGGGUGUUGGUUAUUGUUGGUUACUUGAAAUCCCAACCCCCCGCCCCUACCCCUACCCUCACCCCCCCCCACACACACACACACACACACAAAGGAAAUAUGGAAUAGGAAAAAUGAGUCGGUAUUUUUGAGUUUUUUCUUUAAAAGAUUGGUGUUCAAUGAAAUUGACAGUUGAUAAUUGUUUGGACAUGGCAGGACCUAAUUCUUACAAUGUAAAUUGAAUUUUCAGCCAGAUACAUUCCGUGGUUAUUAUUA